AUGAGGGUUCUCCUCCUUCCAGAUGACCGUGGCCGACGAGCCCCCUCUGCCCUUCUCCUGCCGGUAGAAACGGCUCCCCCGGACGCCUGCCGUCGGUGGCGGGGGCGCAUCCCCAUAACCUCCCCCUCCUCCCCCCCCGGCUCGGACGACCCGGAGCCCGUCGUGGGCCGAGACAGGCUCUGCCCCCCCGGCUCGGACGACCCGGAGCCCGUCGUGGGCCGAGACAGGCUCUGCCCCCCCGGCUCGGACGACCCGGAGCCCGUCGUGGGCCGAGACAGGCUGCCCCCCCCCCGGCUCGGACGACCCGGAGCCCGUCGUGGGCCGAGACAGGCUGCCCCCCCCCCCGGCUCGGACGACCCGGAGCCCAUCGUGGGCCGAGACAGGCUGCCCCCCCCCCCCGGCUCGGACGACCCGGAGCCCGUCGUGGGCCGAGACAGGCUGCCCCCCCGGCUCGGACGACCCGGAGCCCGUCGUGGGCCGAGACAGGCUGCCCCCCCGGCUCGGACGACCCGGAGCCCGUCGUGGGCCGAGACAGGCUGCCCCCCCGGCUCGUACGACCCGGAGCCCGUCGUGGGCCGAGACAGGCUCUGCCCCCCCGGCUCGGACGACCCGGAGCCCGUCGUGGGCAGAGACAGGCUGAUCCCCCGGCUCGUACGACCCGGAGCCCGUCGUGGGCCGAGACAGGCUCUGCCCCCCCGGCUCGGACGACCCGGAGCCCAUCGUGGGCCGAGACAGGCUGCCCCCCCCGGCUCGGUCGACCCGGAGCCCGUCGUGGGCCGAGACAGGCUGCCCCCCCCGGCUCGGUCGACCCGGAGCCCGUCGUGGGCCGAGACAGGCUGCUCCCCCGGCUUGGACGACCCGGAGCCCGUCGUGGGCCGAGUCAGGCUGCUCCCCCGGCUCGGACGUCCUGGAGCCCGUCGUGGGCCGAGUCAGGCUGCUUUCUCUGAGGGGAGAGCCGGAAGUUCUGAUUUCGGGAGAGGAGUCACUCGAGGAAGCAGGCCCCCGACUCCCCCCAACGUACGACGGGUCUCGCCGACGCGUCGGGAGCACCGGGGCACGAUCGAUGGCCCGAGCAGACUGGCAGGCGUGAAGCGUCGCCUCACCUGGAGGGGCCGUCCGGGGCCCCCGAACGGAGGAGAGGGAGGAGGCGAACGGGCAGGUGAAGGUUUUGGCCUCCAGCAGGGACAAAUGCCAGGAGCGAAAUCGCUCGCUGCCGUGCAGAGGGACCUGGGAGUGCAUGUGCACGAAUCACAAAAGGUCAGUUUGCAGGCGAGUGGGACGUCGGCCCUCGUUGCGGGAGGGGUUGAACUCGAGCUGCAACUGGACAGGGUCACCGCGAGCCCGGGACAGGGGCGAUGUCCCGAGGUUGGAGCGGGUGACGGGCUCUCGCAAUCCGAUGCUGGCCUGGCGGAGGAGCUGGUGACCCCAGCCCCCCCUUCCUCGUCUCCCACCGGUGAGCACCGGCCCUCGGCAUCCUCCCCGAGCGAGCUCAGCCCCCGUCUCUGGGCCCUGGUGGAGAGGGCGAAGGUCAGGGAGGGAACAGGGCACCCUGGGGCCGAGCACCUGGAGAGGGAGCGUCUCGAAACCGUGCGCCCGGAGGCCGAGGCCCAGGAGAGGGAGCGUCUGGAGGCCGAGGCCCGGGAGAGGGUGCGCCUGGAGGCCGAGGCCCGGGAGAGGGUGCGCCUGGAGGCCGAAGCCCGGGAGAGGGAGCGUCUGGAGGCCGAGGCCCGCGAGAGGGAGCGUCUGGAGGCCGAGGCCCGGGAGAGGGUGCGCCUGGAGGCUGAGGCCCGGGAGAGGGUGCGCCUGGAGGCCGAGGCCCGGGAGAGGGAGCGCCUGGAGGCCGAAGCCCGGGAGAGGGUGCGCCUGGAGGCCGAGGCCCGCGAGAGGGAGCGCCUGGAGGCCGAGGCCCGGGAGAGGGAGCGCCUGGAGGCCGAGGCCCGGGAGAGGGAGCGCCUGGAGGCCGAGGCCCGGGAGAGGGAGUGUCUGGAGGCCGAGGCCCACGAGAGGGAGCGUCUGGAGGCCGAGGCCCACGAGAGGGAGAGUCUGGAGGCCGAGGCCCGGACGAGGGAGCGUCUGGAGGCCGAGGCCCGGGAGAGGGAGCGCCUGGAGGCCGAGGCCCGGGAGAGGGAGCGCCUGGAGGCCGAGGCCCGGGAGAGGGAGCGUCUGGAGGCUGAGGCCCGCGAGAGGGAGCGUCUGGAGUCCGAGGCCCGCGAGAAGGAGCGACUGGAGGCCGAGGCCCGGGAGAGGGAGAGUCUGGAGUCCGAGGCCCAGGAAAUGGAGGGUCUGGAGGCCGAGGCCCGCGAGAGGGAGCGUCUGGUGGCCGAGGCCCGGGAGAGGGAGCGUCUGGAGGCCGAGGCCCGCGAGAGGGAGCGACUGGAGGCCGAGGCCCGCGAGAGGGAGCGUCUGGUGGCCGAGGCCCGGGAGAGGGAGCGUCUGGUGGCCGAGGCCCGGGAGAGGGAGCGUCUGGUGGCCGAGGCCCGGGAGAGGGAGCGUCUGGAGGCCGAGGCCCGCGAGAGGGAGCGUCUGGAGGCCGAGGCCCGGGUGAGGGAGAGUCUGGAGGCCGAGGCCCGCGAGAGGGAGAGUCUGGAGGCCGAGGCCCGGGCGAGGGAGCUUCUGGAGGCCGAGGCCCGGGAGAGGGAGGGUCUGGAGGCCGAGGCCCGCGAGAAGGAGCGACUGGAGUCCGAGGCCCGGGAGAGGGAGCGACUGGAGUCCGAGGCCCGGGAGAGGGAGCGACUGGAGGCCGAGGCCCGCGAGAGGGAGCGUCUGGAGGCCGAGGCCCGCGAGAGGGAGCGUCUGGAGGCCGAGGCCCGCGAGAGGGAGCGACUGAAGGCCGAGGCCCGGGAGAGGGAGCGACUGGAGGCCGAUGCCCGAGAGAGGGAGCGUCUGGAAUCCGAGGCCCGCGAGAGGGAGCGUCUGGAGGCCGAGGCCCUGGAGAGAGAGCGUCUGGAGGCCGAGGCCCAGGAGAGGGAGCAUCUGGAGGCCGAGGCCCGUGAGAGGGAGCGGCUGGAGUCCGAACGUCUGGGGAAGGAACGUCUCGAUGUGACGGCACGGCUGGCGGGCGGGGAGAGUUCCUCGGAGAGUCAGCAGGAUCCGGCUGGCCGGCUGGCCGAUGUCUCGGUGACCUCCGACUGGAGCCUGUCUGAGUCUUUCGAGUGGUCGAGCCCGGGGGCAACGGGGAAAGUCAGACGGUCCGUCUCCCCGCAAGACGACCGGCCGCAGGGCGGCAGGCAGGUGCCAGACGGGGAGGAGGCCAGACACCCAGACGACAAGGAGACGGAUGGGCAGACGGAAGGUGGAGUGGUCAGGUGCCCGACCGGUGGUGAUGAGGAGCAGGAAGAGGCCAGACACCGGGAAAGUGAGGAGACGAGCGGGGAGACGGUGCAGGAAGAGGCCAGACGCCGGGACAGUGAGGGGACGAGCGGGGAGACGGUGCAGGAAGAGGCCAGACGGCGGGACAGUGAGGGGACGAGCGGGGAGACAAACCAGCAAGAGGCGAGAUGCCGGGUCAGCAGGGAGACGGAGCAUGAAGAGGCCAGACGCCAGCCCGAGACAGAGAGUCCGGCGGCCGGGGGAUGGAACGAGGUUCCGAGCGAUCCGGAAAAGGGUGCCCAGGUCCCUGACUCGGACUCUCCUGCAACUGAGAACGCUCCAGACAAGCCUUGCCCAAUGGAUCUGCUUCUCCGGAGUCGGAAGCGGAACUCCAGCGCGUCUGAACCCCUCGAUUCUGCGGAUGGCAGGCCCCCCAGUGAGCAAUGCCACCUCACCAGCACUGAGAGUGAACUUCCAUCCCCCGAGGCAGUCGAGAGUCCCGAGGCGGAGCCCAAGGAGCAGAUCCUACCCUUCAAGGGCAAGGCAGAGGGGGAGGAAGGAUCCCAGUGCGAGGUGGAGGCGCCCCACCCUGUCCCGGUCGCAGGCGAGGAAGGGACAGCGGGCCCUGUCCCGGAGGAGGAGACGAUUGACCUCAACUUCCUCGAGGACGUGCCGACCUUGAACGUCACCGCGCACCGCAAUCGCGUGGAACUGAACCGCAAGAGGCCGCACCGAGGUUUCUGCAGCCCCCGCGGCGUGCAGAGAGACGGAGGCAGCUCGGAGUCGUGGAUGUUCCGAGAUUCCACGGAGGAGCGGCCCUCGAGGGGGGACGAGGAGGAGGAGGAGAUGGACAGGGAGGGGAACCAGCGAGGCGGCAAGGAGACGGGGUCCAGCCGGAGAAUACCCAGGAUGGAUUCCUCCUUCAAGGUGAAGUCAAAGUCCCGGCACAAGUCCACGACGGAGGGAGGGGAGACAGGCGCCUCGGAGGCCCCGAUGUCUCGAUCUCGAUCCCUGCGCUUCCCCUCCCAGCUGGGACAUGCCUUCCGGAAGGUUCUGCCCACCAAAUCCGAGAAGGGUGAGAGGUCGGAGAGCUCGACCCCAGGCUGGCUGCAGGCCCUCAAACCAAAGAAGAAGAAGUGAGGGAGCUCUCUCCGUCCCUCCAUCGCCCUCAGGACCCUCAGGUGGGGCUGAACGCCUGGACACCUGCCCUCGAAGCAGAGCUCCCAGGAACCGGAGCCGGCUGCCACAGAGCCGUCCGCGCCGUUUUAUAACCACAUCGCCCGAACCUUCGCACUUUUCCCGACUGUCUUCCUACAUGAGGCGGGGGUUACUGAUUUUUUAUAAUUUAAAUGCCGGGGCCACUUCCAAAGCAAAGCUUUUCUACCAAAGGCAUCGGGCGCCCCUUUGCGAUUGUUUGCUGCUGGGAUAAUGGGUAAACACUACACCUUGCUAUUAAUUUACAAUAAAGAUUCUUGCACUACCUUG